CCUAAACCUAAAACCCUGAACAAAACCCUAGUCCCAAAAGAACAGAGAAGGCUGAAGCGCUGAAUGGAGAAGUGAGAAGUCGGAAGAGAGAUGACGCAGAAAGGGAAGCUGUUCAAAGGGCAGCAGAAGAGGAAGACAAUUCCUCCCAACCGCCAUGGAAAAAUGACUCAAAUUCGCAAAGGCAAGCGAGUAAUUAAGCCUGCGAAGGUCACCGGUGACAUGGAUUCCGAUCGGGAGAUAACAAAGUUCAUAAACCACUGCAAUGAGGUGAAGGCGGCAACCGCUGCAAACAAGGAAGGUGGCCAGUUAAGUAUAGUCAAAACACCUCAGGACGCCGGUAACAAUGCGAAGCAAUAGUAGUUGCCAAAGCUUGUGAAACUAUGGAAGCGGAGAGUGAUAGGUUGUCUGGAAACACUUGAAACAAACCCUCGUUGAAAAUUUUGUGGUGUUAUGUUGUGCUCUCGUUAUUUAGUUUGUAGCAUUUGAUUAGGUCUUAAAGUUUCGGAAUGUGACCUGUUACUUGUUUGUAUCAAUUCCAAUACAGCUUAUUCUGUUUCAUCUAAUUUAGCCUUGUUAAGGACCCCUCGUUUGAAUCUUUUGAUACCUGAAAUUGAGAAGCUAACAUUAACAAUGCUAUGUUGGUUAGAUCAACGCGUCCGAUUUCAAAUUUCCUAUUGUGUAGACUGCUUUGAGGGAAACAUGGUAUCUAAUGGGAUCUAAAUAAUUGUAAGUUAAUAUUGCAGAUCUGUGUUUAGUCAA